ACACACACACACACACACACACACACACACACACACACACACACACACACAGGGCGCUGAGCAGGGAGUAUAAAAGGGGCUUCCUUCCCACUCAGCAGAGAAGUGCUCUCCUCACUCUCACACACUCCUCUAACACGCUAAACCGCUUUUCUCAAGAUGGCUGCAGGGCUGUGUGUGUGUGUCGUGCUGGCAGUCCUGUGUACGAGCUGUUUGGGGCUCCCCUUCUCCUCCCAGCUCCUCGACGAGGGCCAGCGCUCCGUCGCUGUUCCAUCUGAAGCUCUCCUCGAGGCUGACACCCACACCUUGGGAGAGCACCACCUCCAACACAGCCGCUCUGCCCCCCAGCUGAAAGCUCUUCCUCUGGCUGAGGAGGACGCAGACUCCCGAGCCAACCUCAGCGAGCUGCUGGCAAGACUCAUCUCCUCCAGGAAAGGUUCUGUGCGCAGGAACUCCACGGCGAACAGCAGAGGCGGCGGACUGAGCGCCAACCACCGGAUAGCAGACAGGGACUACUUGGGGUGGAUGGACUUCGGCCGCCGGAGCGCAGAGGAGUACGAGUACUCCUCGUAAGAGGGAGGUCCCGGCUCACCCCCCUCCGAACGGCCACACGAGAAAAACAAGAAGAAAAAAAAAACAACAACCCCCCACGCAAAGCUGGCUCGUCACUGUCUCACAAUAAGAGUCUAUUUAUGAUGUAUUUGUUGUACAUUUGUCUGUAAAACCGUAAUGAUGCAAUAUACAUAUAUGCCAAAUUUUGCAGAAAAGCUCUCACUGUCCAAAGUUCGUUUGUUUCUGGUUUCUUUAAGCGUUUUGGGUGAAGAAGGUGAGGUUGGUUUCAGGGUCUGUUGAGACUCACUGGACUGAAUAAAGAUUGAAAAUAUCA